AUGAACUCAGCUGGGGUAACGUUUGUGAGUAAACGAAAUCCCUUCACACCAGAUUCUCCCAAGAGCUUAAUCUAUUACGGGCUAGGUCGUGUCCGUGACAUCGACAUGCUCGUCCACCAUGUCACCGAAUCACUCGACGUAUUCGUCCAGGAAAACUUGGUCGUGCUCAAUAUGCUCCUGCAGAUUCUCCAACAUGGCGACGGGGUUGAAAACCAUUUGAACGGGUUGUGA